UAAAUUGGAUUUAAUUCCAUUAUUGUGAUCUUAAUUUCGUUUAAUCAACCGAUUUACAUCGAUUUGAUCAUUUUGAUUAACACAAAAACGAAAAGCAAAAUAAUGUUUGGCGGCGUCUUCUUACAAAACUUAUUGAUGUUUUUUCUCUCUCGGCCUUGGGCACCUUCGGAUCAUCCCAACAGAAUAUGCUCUUUUACCUCCUCAAAUUGAUCGAAGUUCUUGCUUCUCUCUUCGCUCAUGUCCUAAAGACAGAGACUUUGAGCUGGGUUUUGUCUUAUAUCGCCCCGAUUCUCUCUAUUUAUCGUGUUCAUCGUCCAUCCGAUUUCUGAGUUUUUGUCGAAAUCAACCAUUUUUCAUCCCCUUUUGCUGCGAGCUUUGAUUCAUAAUCACGAUCUGUUGGAUUUCGUUCCUGGGUAUGCCAAGGUCGGUGAUUUCGAGGUCUCCUGAUGAUCAAAGGUUCUUAAUUUUGGUCCAUGAUCGCGUUGAAUCUCGACAAAUGAUCGAAGUUUGAUCGAUUAUCGAUCUGGGCAUCGGAGAAAUUAUCGAUUUUGAACAAUGAAUGCUGUGGGUAGGAUCGGGAGCUAUAUAUACCGUGGAGUCGGUACGGUGUCUGGUCCGUUUCAUCCCUUUGGUGGCGCGAUUGAUAUCAUCGUCGUCGAACAGCCCGAUGGGACAUUCAGAUCUUCUCCUUGGUAUGUCCGGUUUGGGAAAUUUCAAGGAGUUUUGAAAACAAAAAUGAAUGUGAUUAAUAUCGAUGUUAACGGAACGGAAGCAGGUUUCAAUAUGUAUCUUGCUCAUACAGGACAAGCUUACUUUCUCAGAGAAGUUGACGAUGUUGUCGGUGAAGGUGACUCUUUGUUAUACCCUUUGUCCCUAGGCGAUGAGGGAGAUACUAAAUCCUCUAAUGUAGAUGAUGUUAGGGUACCUUUGAGGUCGAAAAGUUGUAACUAUGAUGCCGGGAGUGCCGGGAAUAGCAACGGAAUGAGCGUUGGCAAGCCCGGGAUUUUAGGCUUUGUGUUUGGAGGGAGGUCGGUUAGGGAGGAACGGCAUCUGGAAGACGUGGAAGAAGAUGGUGGAUCGAGUGUUGAAAGGCUUAGCUCGAUGGAACGAGCUGAGAUUGCGGCUGAUCUGUUGGAGGUGAAAUGGUCUACGAAUCUUGAUACCCGUAUGGCCGUUAAAGCAAAAGUUCCAAGAAUUCCGAUUAGCGAUGCAGGAGGUAGCCAAGAAGGCAACGCGGACACACAUACAGACAGUAAAGAGAGACGAGAAAACGUAUGUCUGAAAGGCAGUGCCGAGACCAGUGCCAGUGAGAUUAGUUUCGAAGAGUUUGAGUCGUCUUCUUCUGGUGUGGACGAAACGGAGCCGGGCAGUUCAGGAUUUCAAUUGUCAGAUCCAUCGAAAACUGGAUCAGAUAGCUAUAAGAUAGAGAUUUCUCGGUUUCUUGAUCAAAAAGAGCAGCAUUACCAUGAACACAAUGGUGAGGUUUGUGAUGAAGAGAGUGUAUCCGAUGAUGCUAAGUCAAUCGAUUUUUCCGAAGUGUCGGGAAGUCCGCUUCUUGUUGAUGGAAGCUCCUACAAAGCAAUAUGUAAUGCAUUGUCUGUUCCUAGUGAAGGAAGUGGAAAGUUAGAUGUCUGUGUUGAAUCUACAAACAUGGAGACAGCAACUGAGCCACAAGAACAGGAUACUGUUACUUUAUGUGCUCUGGAAAUUGAGCGAGAGUUGUCAAGUGUACCCGAACAAGUUGAUUCGGGGAAUUUUGGAGCCUCUCGUGAAGGAAACAUCCCGAGAAUUCAAGAUGAGAGUAAAACCGGUACAGAAGAUAGCCAUGUGGCAAGCAACCCACAAUCAGAUGUUUCGGAGGAAGAACAAUUUGCCUUUAGUGAUCUUGACGAAUGCAAGCAUGACGGGACUGGCUCCGUGAGUUCAGCUUCUCCGGAUACUGUAAAAGCAAAUGAGAAGGAAAUCUUUGAGACAAAUGACGUAGCUCGUGAGAAACAUAUGGAGAAGUCAAAGGUUGUAUCAAACCCGAUAAAUAUCCAUAGAGAUACCGAGUACUCGAGGGAAGAGGAGGUGAGACGGGUAGAAUCUUUACCCAAUAUGCAGCUUCUCAAUUCGAGUUUUGAUACAGAUUCUUGCCAGCCUCUGAGCCAUUCACUCGGCUCAAAAUCCAAAACCCUGAAGUGGGGUUCCAUAAAAGAUGAGUCCAGCUCGGAGAAUUUAUCUGCAGGGAUAUGGAACGAGUUCCCGUCUGCAAACGAGGACAAUCCAGACAUAAAGGCAUUCAAGCAUGUGAUAGAUAAUCCCGAAUUCGUCGAGCUCUCUCUGUGCAAGCACUUGUUAAGCGAAGGAAUGGGAGUUGAAGUGGCUUCUCAGGUAUUCAACUCCGAAAAACUGGACAUGAACAAGUUUGCCUCUCUGGGCCCCGCCGUCGUGAAGGACGAGAAACUCGUGGUUAGAAUCGGUGGUUGCUAUUUCCCAUGGGAUGCUGCAGCUCCCAUUGUCUUGGGAAUGGUUUCAUUUGGAACUGAGAAAAUACUCGAGCCCAAGGGCAUGAUAUCUGUUGAUCAGAUUGAUAAGCCCGGCGAUUCAGCUCCUGGCAGUGGAGGAUGGAAGAUUUGGCCUUUUUCUCUAAAGGGUUCGCGGAGCGAUGAAAAAAUUACCGACCCGACCAUAUCUGCAACCGAAAACGAGGAAACGCGAAAUAUAUCAAAGCCAAAGCCGGUUAAAAAGACGGUCAGGGCUCUAACCCCGACAUCUGAAGAAUUGGCGUCCCUGAAUCUGAAAGAAGGGAGAAAUCUCGUGACUUUUACGUUCUCCACAAAUGUGCUCGGUACACAAAAGGUCGACGCCAGGAUUUACUUGUGGAAAUGGAACGAUCGGAUCGUUGUUUCAGAUGUGGACGGAACGAUCACGAGGUCGGAUGUUUUAGGACAGUUUAUGCCUUUGGUCGGUAUUGAUUGGUCACAAACCGGCGUGACACAUUUAUUUUCGGCUAUUAAGGAAAAUGGAUAUCAUUUGAUAUUUCUUAGCGCGCGGGCGAUUUCUCAGGCCUCGGUCACCCGGCAAUUCUUAAUUAACCUCAAGCAGGACGGGAAAGCAUUACCGGAUGGACCCGUCGUUAUCUCACCCGACGGGCUCUUUCCUUCUUUGUUUCGGGAAGUAAUCAGAAGGGCACCUCAUGAAUUCAAGAUUGCUUGCUUGGAGGAAAUACAAGCUUUGUUUCCUCAAGAUCACAACCCGUUCUACGCUGGUUUCGGGAACAGAGACACGGACGAGAUCAGCUACCUUAAAGUCGGAAUCCCCCGCGGAAAAAUCUUCACCAUCAAUCCAAAGGGUCAAGUUGCCGUCAACCGCAGAGUUGACACAAGAUCAUACACUUCUCUUCAUGAUCUCGUCAAUGGCAUGUUCCCGGCUACCGCUUCUUCAGAGCGGGAGGACUUCAACACUUGGAAUUUCUGGAAACUUCCGACACCGUCAUUUGAUGCCUGAGAAUCGCUCUUCGUCCCGACAGAUAGAUCGUAGACGCCGAGGUAACGCCGUUCUCGUCUCUCGUUUCUCGUUCCGACCCUUGUAAGUUUCCGGUACGUCGGUUUUCGUAUCACAGGUUAGAUUUCGGGCAAAAUAUAUACAUGUAUAUAUUAUGGUAGACAAAAAUGGACCGGUUAGGUUUAGCUUCUCACUUGCCAAUUCAAUGUAUUUUCAAUUGUUC